CGAACAGCUCCGUCGAGAGCUCCCACUAUUUUCCUGGAUUUCACUCGGUCAACAUCGUUUGCGUUUAAUCGUUUCGUGCUACGGAAGGAUCGAUCGGCCGACGCGCAUACCGAACCGAAACCGAGAACGUGUACUCGUUGAAACGUUUACGAAUCAGUUUCUUUCUUUUUCGUGAUUUGUGGGAUAUACCUGUGGUUUUGUGCAGUGAUUGGCUUAAUAAGUGUAAAACCAAAUGGUUGUCCUCGAGGAAGGCGGUAUGCUGACUACUGGACACAAUCAGUAUCUACAACCGGAUUAUCUUUCUCCGCUUCCAACUACGUUGGAUGCGAAGAAGAGUCCAUUAGCUUUACUGGCACAAACAUGCAGUCAAAUCGGUGCUGAUUCACCAACGAAGCCGCUGAUAUCUCCGCUGGAUAAAAGUUCGAAGGGUAUGAGCGCCGGAACAAAUGCAAAGUCACCGCCAGCUGCAAAAUUGGAACGGAACACCCGUAGCAGUCCGUCGGAUGGGAAAUCAUUGGCCUUCAAACCGUACGAAACUAACGUUGUUUCGAAGAAGUCGGCCGACGAAAGCAGACCGACAUCUAAAGCCAGUGUACACAGUGUUAGUGGGCAGGACAGUGUGAGUGCAAGUGAUAGUAGUCAUAUGGAGAAAAAAUCGUCGGGAAAUCGCACGCCCGUCGGACGAAAGUCCGCGUCGCCCGCGAGUCAAGCGACGUCGACUAGCACUCCGUCGGCCGAUCGAAAGACACCGGCGGAUCGGGAAAAGACCGAUGGAUCGCCACGCAACAAUAAUAACGGGGCCAGUCCGAUCAUCAGGUCCGGAAUGGAGAUUCUUUCUGGCAAUCAUGGAAAAGAUUCCAACUUGAGUGCCUACAAGCCUGGUCUCGCCGGAUUUUCUAGCAACCCGCUUUGCUGUCCACCAGGACUUUCGGAGAAUCCAGCGUUCAGACCACCAUUUGCCGGUGCCUCCCCGUUUUCCCAUCACCAUGCCGCCGCAGCAGCCCUCUUGGGUUAUCCAUCGACAACCCCGACCAGCGGAAAUCCAUAUUUGAGCUAUGCUCGAGUCAAAACUCCAGCCGGCGGAGAAGCACUCGUUCCAGUUUGCAAGGAUCCUUACUGUACCGGUUGCCAAUACAGUAUGCAUAGCGCGCAGUUAAUGAUGGGUAGCGGAACUUGCCCUAGCGGAUGCACGCAGUGCGAUCAUCAGAAGUAUGGUUUAGCGAUGGCGUUAUCAUCGUUAGGCCCUAUGGCUCCCCCGUCGCUUUCGUACCCAUCCACGUUAACCGGCGGUAGACCGUACGUUUGUAAUUGGAUUGCUGGCGAUUCCUACUGUGGCAAACGAUUCACCACAUCGGAAGAACUUCUUCAACAUCUUCGUAGCCACACCAGCUUGACCGGUAGCGAUCAUGCAUCGUCGGCCGCCCUUCUCAGCAAUCCGCACCCCCAUCCGUUGCUUUCACCGUCGGCAGCUCUUCAUCGCGCGAGCGGCGGAUCGUACCCAACGCCUUCUCUCAGUCCUUUGAGCGCUAGAUAUCAUCCGUACGGAAAACCGCCGACGGGACCUCUUCCAGCAUCGUUGGCAGCAUCGCCUUACAGCGCUUUUAACGCGCUGGGACCUUACUAUUCACCGUACGCGAUUUACGGACAGCGAAUCGGUGCCGCCGUACAUCCUUAAACGCGUCUCCGAUGUUGAAACGAUCAGUGUACAGAUCGUAAUAGUGUAAAAUAGAAAACCGUCGAUACGAGACUUUGACAGACUGUUGUGUAAAUAAUUAAACGUGUAUAAUAUAAAUUUAUUUAAACAAAAAAAUAUAUAUGCAUAUGUGUGUAUAAAUUUGAAACUAUAAGUUCGUAAAGUUGAGAUAAAUAUAUCGACAAGUUUGUUUCAUCGCGAGAUCAUUCUUUACAGAAAUCCAAUACUAACGUAUCUCUUCAACAUUUGAUUAUUAUCUAGGGAGGAACAUGUACACCGCAAGUGAAUAUCCGAUUUGCGAUUUUUCAAGCCGAAAGGAAUAUUUUCAUGCAACCCAGUUAACGUUUAAGGUGUUUCUAUAGCCGCAAAGAGAUUCUGAGUCGACACCUAUGGAUAGUCGAUGAACGGAUUGUUAAUCGUAUAUAUUGAAAAUUUCCUGUGCUCUGUGGCUUCCACGGUAUAUGAUAUAUAUGUAUUUUUUAAUUGUGUUUAAAGUGAUAUGCGUUUAGUCUCUGAAAAACAAUACUGCGUGCUCGAGAAAAUUAUAGACGCGUGUGCGCGACACCCGUAAUCCCCUCUCUUCUGUAGCUAUACGUUCGAUUGUUCGAUAGCGCGUACCGACGGUCGUGCAUGUUCUAUGUCCAUGAUAUAACUGUGAUAUUAUGCUAUUUUUUCGAAGAAAUAAUAAACGAUAAUGUCAACAAUGGUGUGUCUAAACUAUCUCUACGGCAAAAUAUAACAUCUAACUUAUACGCAUCGUUCAUCUAAUAGAAAGAAAGAAUCUAUCUAAAGAUCUAUGUAUUUAAAUCGGACAGGAAAUGUGAAGAUUAUUUCGCGGACUUGAAAAUAUCAUUAUCGCAAAGAGAAUCUUUAACAGUCUUUUGAAUUCGUUGAGAAAUCCAUCGGUUUUCUACCAUGGCAACUAUUCCGAUCGAAAAAAAUCAAUGUACGAUACAUAUUAUUUGCACUGUAAAUAUCUCUUGUAAAUAUCGUUGAAUUUCCAUACCGCUUUAAUAAAAACAAUGUUUGUGGAAUCAUUAAA